AAAAAAAUAAAAAAUAAGAGCGAAAAAAUAGAGAAAUAAAAUGAGAAAUAAUUGAAGAAUACUUGGAUUUCCAUGCUUUGCUUUGAAAACAUUCGUAUUUACGAUUUUCUUGUCCGACAAACAAAAUUUGACAGUCACACACAGCCUCUCACUUUCUUUAAUAAGCAGAGUUAAAGAUCUUUUGUAUGCUCAAAACAUGGAUCAAAUUUCUUUGAGAUUUCAUUUCCUUAUAUCUCGCUUAAUUUUUUGAAUCCUUUUUUUGUUAAAUAUUUCCCCGGAUUUCUUGUUAUAUUUCAUUCCCCCUAUUAUAUAUUCACAUUUUAGAUUCUUGAAUAUUUCAAGAUUAUUACAUAUCAAGAAUGUGUAGCCAUAGCAGCAGCGGCGGUGACGGUGGCGGUAGCGGUGGUGGUGGUGAUCAUGGUGGUGGUGGUGGUGUUGAUAGUUUAUACUCUAGGAAACCCUACAAGAGACAAAGAGUUCCGAAGAGAGGACCGGGAGUUGCUGAGCUGGAGAAGAUUUUGAGAGAACAAGAAACAAAAAAUAUUACAGUUGAUAAAGCUAAUAAUUCUUACCAGUCACAGUCUGGUGUUCUUGCUCCGUCAAAUUGUGUUCCGUUAGCUCCGAAACCUAGUCAUUCUACGUUGGUUGGUGUUAAACUUGACGGAUCAAACGUUGUUUUGCCUGAACGGACUUUGUUGCCUACGAUGUGGAACUCUGAGAGUAAUUAUGUUUCUGGUGGAGGAUCAAGAUCAGUCCCUGGAUUUGCAUUUUCUACACCGAAUCAAUUUCAUGAUCCUAGUUUGAUGCAAAGAUUUCCAUCUUCUAAAUUUCAUUAUCCUCAACCUGUGGUGUCAUCUUCAUCAACUCCAUUAUUUUCUGUACCUUGUCAUGGUAUAGAGCCCCCUUCAAACCAAAGAAUUUAUCAUCAUUCCACUUCUUUAUGGCCAGAGGAAGAUAAGAUGGUUGGCACAAAGAGAUCAAGACCAUUUUCCAUGGAAAUCCAUCCAGUCCCAGCUUUGCACUAUCCAGUUCCAACUUUUCCAUCUCAAUUUAACGGUUCAGAUCACUCUUCGUUUCCAUGUAGCAAUCACAGCAUUACAGAUCUUCAGCCAAAUCAGCAUUUUAUCUCCAGGGAAAUUAGACCUAAUUUAGAACCCAACAUCAGAAAUUACAAUACAGACAAUGGUUCAGUGUCAGAAGGAAAAUUUCUAUUAUUUGGAUGUCCAACAACUCCACCAUCUACUACUCAUACUCUUCAACAAGACAGACCCAAAUCAAAUCAUUUUCCUCUUCAAGAAAAUGGUGGAGGAAUCAUUCCCAAGAAGCCUUUCUAUAGCUUCUUAAAUCCAAGAGAGCCUAUUGGGCUGGUGGAAAAUGAGAGAAUUGAAAAUAGAGGAGAUGCCAUUGAUCUUAACCUUAGAUUGUAAUUAAUUAUGUGUUGUAAGUUCAAUUUGUAAAUGGUAAUUAAUCCUCUAAUUUUGGGAAAGGAAGAAGAAGAAAA